AAAUUAGAUUGGACCCGACCCACUUCCUAUGAAAAGUCCCAAAAUCCGAUUUUGUAUCGGGUUAACCCGCCGGUGGCUUCAAGAUGCCAUCUUUCCCUCUAAUUUCGAACUCUCACUAGGGUUUAUCAUCGUCUAACUUCUGCUAUCUGCACUGUGGGAGAUUAGGGUUUUUCUUUUUCUUUUUCUUCUUCCUUCAUGAAUAUGAUUCCAACGGAAGCUUUAAACUGACAAAGGUAGAAGGCUGAAGUUGAUUGAACAAUGGCCUCGGAGGUUCCAGGAGCAACGGAGGCUGGCGCUUCUGGAGCACCGGCGGACGAUAUUCAAGUCCCACCCUGCUGUCAAUCGUGGAGGAAGAAAUACUUAAAUGCAGAAAAAGGGAGGAGAUUCCUCAAGCAAGCCAUGCCGUUGUAUGAUAGGAAAAUUGAUGAGCUUGAGGUGGAGAACGCCAAUCUCAAGAAAGCAAUUGAGGAAUUGCAGGUGCAGGCAAACAUGGAGAAAGAUGGUAGAGAAAAUGAAUUGGCCGCAAAAACCUCUUUAGAGAUGGAGAUCACUGCUAUGAAGUCUAAGUUAUCUUGCUUAAAGCAGAAAGAAGUAACAGGUGGUCAAGAUAAAAAUGAAGAGAUAAAGGUUCUUCAAGAUCUAGUUUCUGAUAGAGAGAAGGAAAUCAAUUGUCUGAAGGAGCUGCUUGAGACAGAGAAGAGAAGGGUGGAUUCUGAAAAAAAGAAUGCAGAAGUGGAGAAGAAGAAAACUGCUGAAACAUUGAAAUGCCUGAAAGCUGAGAAGGGUAAGACUGAUGAAGAAAAGAGGGUUGCCAAUCUGGAAAGAAAGAGGGCUGAAGACUAUAAGCUUCAAUUGGAGGCAUUGAAUAAAAAAAUUCAUGAAACAAACUCCAAGCUGGUUUCUGAGAUGUCAAAGCUUAAAGAGGCAAGUAAAGAACUUGAAGCAGAAAGAAUGAAGGCUAUUGAUGAAAGAAAACAUGCAGAUUUGGAGAUGUCUAAAGCACAAAAGCAAAGGAAACUUGCUGAAGAAAAUGUGAAAAAGGCUGAUGAAGAAAGGAGGGUUGCCAAUCUAGAAAGAGAGAAGGCUGAAGGCUAUAAGCUUCAAUUGGAGGCAUUGAAUAGAGAAAUUCAUGAAGCAAAUGCCAAGCUGGUUUCUGAGACGUCAAAGUUAAAGGAGGCAAGCAAAAAUCUGGAAGCAGAAAGAUUCAAAGCUGUUGAAGAAAGAAAACGUGCAGAUUUGGAGAUGUCUAAAGCACAAGAGCAGAGGAAGCUUGCUGAAGCAAAUAUGAAAAGGGCUGUUGAGGAAACACUGCAUGCUGACUCUUUGUCUAAGCAGUUGCAAGAUGCUAAAAGAAGGAUUGAGGAACUGAAGGAGACACAUAAACUUGCUCUCUCCAAAAAAUCAGGUGAGGUUACUUUUGACCAACAGGAUACAAAUAUUGAUGACAAAUCUUCAAAGAAUGAAAAUGCACCUCAUUUGGUUUCGGAGUUGCUGCAAUCUGGCUCAGAAAAGGAGUUUAAAAUUGAAACAGGGAAGGCUAUUAGUGAGAAAAAACAGGAAGUUGCAGAGAUGAAGAAAGAAGAACAGAAAAAAAAGCUUGCAGAUGCAAGUAAGAAAAUGGCUAUGGAAGAAAAAUCUCGUGCUGAUUGCCUGUCUAAACAGCUGGAAGAAGCUAGGGUGAAGAUAAGAGAACUACAGAAGCAGAUAGAUACAUUUUCGUACUCUAGAUUAAAAGAUCAUGCUUUGACUGAUGCAAAUGAAAAAGAUACGAGUGCUGAAACUGCUAAAAGAAAGCAUUUGAAAAAGCAACUCAAGUUUCAAAAGCAGAAAGUAAAGCAUGCCAAAGAAGUGGCUGAGUUGGAAAGGUUUCGUAGCAGUAUUCUGCAACAAGAACUUUGUGGCUUGAAGCUGAAUUUGGUGCAGUUUUAUCAACGCUUGGAUUUAAUGGAUAAAUGUUUCUCAACCCGCACCGGUGGUAAAGAGGAUGUUGAAAAGCCUGAGGACAUCACGAAUUUGCAAGGGUUAGAGUUGAAGGGAAAGUUAUGCAGUUUAAGAUCAUGUCAAACGAACCUUCAGGAUGAAAAUCAACUUCUCACAGGUAAUUGCAUGGGUGUAACUGCCUCUAACCCUCAAUGGGGAACAUUUCAACAUUCUUCACCUCUGCUUCCUCUAUACGGAGGGAGCUAUAAUAAAUCAAUCUCAGUUACUGAUUCUCAGUUGGAGUCUCUGCUUGGAGGCUCUAACCAAAAAAUGUUACAGAGUUCUGCAAUAAAUUCCAGCACAGCAUCUUUUUCUGAUAGACAGUUGGUGGGCUCACAGGAAAAGGGUAGUUUAUCUGUUGGCACACCUGCAAGACAGGGAGAAGAGAACUUGAAUGGAGACUUGUCUGCUGAAGUUGCUAAAAAGAGAGACAAUAAAAAUCUUGCUGUGGUUGCUGAAAAUAGUGUUAGAAGUCCUCUUUCUACUGAUGCUGGGGCCAAAGUUGUUGUGCGUAAUAGGAAGAGAAAACAGAUACCUGAUGCAAUAGAAUCUAUUGAGCAUUCAUGCUCUGAGAUUAAGAAGUUUUACACGAUCGUAGAAGAUGAUCUAUCUGUCUUGCGUGGAAUGCUCAGAGGAAGAACGGAUGAAUCAUCUGAUAAGGUAAAGCAUUUUAGACCUAAUUCACAGUCCUAUUCCCAAGCUAAGCAUGAUUUUUCUCACAAAAAGAGAAGAAAAUCUCAUGAUGAGAAAGUAGUUAUGCCACAUGAUGACUGUGGGCAGCCAAAGCAGAAGGAAAAACUAGAUACGGUAGUCCAGGAAGAUGCAAAUGUAUUCCAACAACCCUCUAGACUUGUUGAUUACCCUACUGAAACAGAAGAGGUGCACCAAGAUGUCCUUUGCUGUUCUAUUCCAACUGAUGCUAGUUUUGAGGACGUGGUGAAUGGAGACUACAUGAAGUUGCUCAAUUUGGAUAAUGCUGGUGAUGAGAAAUGUUACAGGAUGGCGAUGGAAGUGCCUCUAUCUCCUACUCUUCCUGAGAUUAAGUUUCCUGGCCCUGAAUCAUUUGAAACUGAUAAUUUUAAACCUUUAGUUGAUGAGAGCAUCCAGGAAGGAUUCUGUCAUGAGAAGAAAAGUUUCACAUCUUCUUGCAGUUUUGAUGUCAUUGAUGUGGAAAUUGAUUCUAAUAGGUUGAGAUAUAAUAAGUCACAAACUGUGGACCAGUUAGUUCAACUUGAUAAUGAGGCUUCUCUUGACAUUCUAGUGAGUAGCAGAAGUAAUUUGUGUGAUACUAUGCCUGCAGGGGGAGCUGGUGUUCAAAGCUCUCAAACAGAGGUGGAAACUGAACCUUCUCCUGGUAAUGAAAGGAUGAAGAUUUCAUCUGAAAGUAAAUUUGGAUCUGCAGGUGAGAGUAUGCCAGGAUACUGUUUUGUGUUUUCUAAUGUAAAGGAAAGUAACAGUAUCUCUAGAAUUAUUUGUGCCACAAGAAGUUGUGAGGCUUGGUGCUCUUUGGCCAGUCAAACAGAUUUUAUGGUGCAUAAGAUUGCACUUGCUCUUAAAAUGGAAGAGAAACUAUCAGCCAGGGAGAAGGUUUGUGUUUUCUUCUCAUUGUUGCUUCUCAACUACACCAUGGCAACUUCUCAGAAGUGCUCUACGAGUAGAGAUUUCAUCCCCUGCUUAAAGUCUUUUGCUGGACACAUAAAUGCAGUGAUGUAUGAUGCGGAGGGGAGGACCCUUUUUUCUGAAUUAUGUCUGGUUGAACUGCUGGGUCUCAUUCAGGAUUUCCUUCUAGAUGGAAGAUUAAUGCUUUAUACUGCUGUCCCUUCUGGAACUGUUGCUGAAAGUGAUUUGAUAAUUAAUGAUGUUGCUGGUGGUGUAAAUUCAAUGUGGUCCUCUGUAGCAGCUUCAGCUGACCAAUUGGUAGCAGGGAGCAUAAUAUUUUCUUCAAUAUGUGCAGCUAUAGGCCAUGCUGAGUUUAUUUGUGAGGCUGCUUACAACAUUUUGCGGAAGCAUAUGUAUGAUACCUCAGUGGUUCUGACUAUUCUUCAUGUUUUUGCUUACCUGGAUGAGGAUAAAAUUUUCAGCUCAAGAAAAUAUAAUUUAACAGCAAUUGUUUUAAAAUCCUUGGUCUUGUUCCUUGAAAGAGAAAGUUCAUCUGAUGAUGCAGUUUCCUGUCCUUCUAAGUUCUAUCAGUGUGCUGAUUGCCCAUUUUCAAAGGAUGUGGCAUCUGUGGAGGUUGUUAUGUCAAUACUCUUAAAAGAGCUUAAUGCUUACUCGGGAAUAAUGAUGCAUCAAGAUCUGACGGCAAAUUCAUCAAAUUCAACUAUCCUGAUCCAUAAGGACAAGUUUGGACAAUCUUCAGGGUGUAAUGAGGUCUCUUGUGUCCUUGACAUGAAUUCUGAUGUAUCUUGUUAUUUAGACAAGUCAAGGAUAUUUGAUAAACAGUUGGAAAUUUCUUCAGAGAGGACCUUGUGUCACAUAACUGAUGUUUUAUCAUUGGUGGAACUCCUUGCAAGCAAAAUGAGCUGGACUUGGACAUGCAGUGAAAUCAUCACACCGCUGUUGAGAAUGUUGGAUUCACCACUGCCUGAUGGCUUGACUGUUUCUAUUCUCAUUCUUCUUGGUCAACUAGGGAGGCUUGGAGUUGAUGCAGUUGGAUAUGAAGAUAAAGGGAUGGAGAACUUAAGAAGUCAAUUGUCUGUUUUUUUGUGGCGGGAUACUACCAUCAGAGCUGGUCUUCCAAUCCAGAUUGCAACCAUUUCUGCUAUGCUUGGGCUUCUUCCUUUCAGUGUAGUGGAAGUUGUUAAGGAUAAUACAAAGCCUCCAGAGAUUGCAAGUCAUUCAGGUCCUGUUGAUCUUAUUGGAAGCUGGCUUCAUUCGUUAACUGAGGAGCAACGAGCCUUGACAAUUAGCCUCCUUCAAUCAACUGGUGUAAUUUCAAAGUGAGAAAGGUGCAUUCCUAGACGAAGAGACAGUGUUUUUGCAGAAAUAUAUUAGUUUAUGCAAAAUGCUUUGUUAGAUGAGGAUUUAUGUAUGGUAGUCCCUGAGCAGUUUUUCACACUGGUGGGCUUUGACCACCAUUUGUGACUGAUGAGUUGUCUUGGCUCGUAAAUGUCUGACGAAAAUAAUGUAGUUCUUAUCAGAAGACUGACCUUGGAGAUUCAGAUUGAUGUUUUGUAGCACAAAAUUUUGACAUCCGAAAAACGAAUAUUUUAACUGUUGAAGUGAGUAAUGGAAUUCAAAAUUUUGUUGUUUUUGUUUCUUAAUAAUGUUCAUUAUGGUAG